UGUGCUGAACAUCCACACUGCUGCGUGUUUAUAAAUAGAUUACAAGAUUCUCUACACUUUGCUUGUUGUUCUCGAGUGUAUGUACAAACAUAUGAGCGUAUGAGGGCAUAUAUAUACCUGUCCUCACAGGUAGCAACUUGCGCUACCUACUGUCACAGGUAGCAACUUACUCUAGCUACCGUCACAGGUAGCAACUUACGCUACCUGCUGUCACAAUUAGCAAUUUACUCUACCUACCGUCACAAGUAGCGACUUACUCUACCUACUGUCACAGGUAGCAACUUACUCUAGCUACCGUUACAGGUAGCAACUUACGCUACCUGCCGUCACAGGUAGCAAAUUACUCUACCUACUGUCACAGGUAGCAACUUACUCUACCUACUGUCAGAGGUAGCAACUUACUCUGCCUACCGUCACAAGUAGCAACUUACGCUACCUUCCGUCACAGGUAGCUACUUACACUACCUGCCGUCACAAGUAGCAACUUACUCUACCUACCGUCACAAGUAGCAACUUACGCUACCUACCGUCCCAAGUAGCAGCUUACGCUACCUGCCGUCACAAGUAGCAACUUACUCUACCUACUGUCACAGGUAGCAACAUACGCUACCUACCCUCACAGGUAGCAACUUGCUCUACCUGCCGUCACAGGUAGCAACUUAAAAUACGUGUCGUCACAGGUAGCUACUUACGCUACCUGUCCACGCCCUUCAUCACUAUGAGUGCUCCAGUUUUCGAAAAGCUACUGGAAGAAGUAGGAAAUAAUGGGAGGCACCAGAGACUGCUUUACUGGCUCUUCGUAGUGCCUAUCAACUUUAUCAUCCCGUGGAUAGCACUAACACCCAUCUUCAUGACCUCCACGCCCACCCACUGGUGUCACAUACCUGGCCGCCCACUCAAUGUCACCCUUGACGACUGGAAGGAGUUUACCAUUCCCAAAAAGAUUACGGAAGGGAGAGAGGUGUUCAGUAGCUGCUCUCAGUAUAAUGUGACGAGCGACCUCAUACAUAGAGUCAACCUCACACCCUCAGCCCCAGCCACUACUGCAGCCUACCUCACACCCUCAGCCCCAGCCACUACUGCAGCCUACCUCACCACCGUCGGAGUUGUUGGUUGUCAGGCAGGGUGGGAGUAUGACCACACCUACUACGACCAGACACUGAGUAUGCAAGAAAACUGGGUGUGUGAACGGGACAGUCUGGUGGCAACUUGGAUGUCUGCUGGUGUAGCUGGCAACGUCGUCGGUACACUCAUCAUUAACUCACUUUCUGAUAUUGUGGGUCGUCGCCCGAUGCUGGUGGUGGCGUCGAUGAUGUACUCAGUGUUCGGACUGCUGCGUCUCUACGCCACCAGUUACUGGUGGAUUAUGGUCACAAUGUUCUUAGCUUCCACAUCCUUCCCGUCCAUCCUGGAACUCUCAUUAAUCAUUGAUUAG